AUGCAGCAACAGUGUUUCACGACCGUUGCUGACGCGCUGCGGCACUGGAGCGCGCUGCAGCACGACUGGCAAACGCGCGCGCGAGCCGGACCGGCGGCGCCGCCAGCCGGGGCGGCUGCGGCCGCGGCGGAGGGCAGGCUGCAGGUUGAGGCAGCGGAGGAGGCGGCGUGGAUGCUGCAUCGGUUGGGGCAGCAGCAUGUGCUUGACAGCUUGCUGCUGCCGGACGAGAUAGAAGAGAAAACGCGAGAGAUCGAGGGCGAGGUGUCUGCUGCCCAGGCGGCGCUGGAUGAGAUGGCGGCGCAUAUCAGAGAAGGCACCAGCGGCACUUCCUGGCCGGCAGACGGUGCCCCAAGCAGCAGCGGCGAGGAUGGCGCGCAGCAGCUUGAGGCGUUGAGAAAGGCCAUCUUUGCUGACCUCAAAUUCAAGCACGAGCCCUUGGAGUGGGUCUACGACGGCCUGGCCCCCCUCAUGCUGCCCGAUGUGCUGCGCCGCCGCAAGGGCAUUCCCAUCGCCCUCGCGCUCGCGGCGGCGGCGCUCGCGCGCCGGCUGGGGGCGGGGGCGCGGCUGGUGUGCGCGCGGGACGCGGAGGUGCUCACCACUGAGGCGGGUGAGCAGGCAUGA